UUAGUAUAUGUAUUUAUAUUUAUUUCAAAUAAAAAUAAAAUAAUAAUCGAAGAUUAUUUUGACUCAAAUCACAAUAUGGAUCAAAUACAAAAAACAUCAAUGGAAAUAAAGUUUCCAGUACCAUGGGGUCAUAUUGCAGCCAAAGUUUAUGGUCCCUUGAAAGAAAAGAAAAUUUUAAUGGUACAUGGUAUUUUAGAUAAUGCAGGAUCAUUUGAUAGGUUAGUUGAACUUCUUCCACAAGAAUAUCAAUAUGUAAACGUAGAUUUACCAGGACAUGGAUUAUCAUCUCCAUUCUCAUAUGGAACACCAUUACAUUUUUUUGAUUAUGUAUAUUCAAUAUCGCUUGUUUUAAAUGCAUUGAAAUGGAAAACCUGCAUAUAUAUAGGACAUAGUUUUGGAGCUCAAAUUGGGAUACAUUUCAAUAUUUUAUAUCCUGGAAGAUUUGAAAAAAUAAUAGCAAUUGAUGGUUUUUUAUCAUCUCCUGUUGAGAAUGUUGUUUCUCAUAUUCAAGAUAAAUAUAAUUUAGAUGCUUAUAGUAAAAACUCUAAAACACUUUAUACUAAAGAUGAAAUAAUAUAUGCUUUAAAAUUUAAAAGACAAGAAACAUUAAAGUUAGAUGCUGCAGAAGCUAUGUUUGAACGUGCUGUUACUAAAGUUAAUAAUUUGUACAAAUAUAAUCGUGAUACAAGAUUAAGAUUUAUGGUAAAACCAUAUUUUACAAUAGAAGAACAAGAGAAAUUUUUUAUUAAAUAUGCAACUAAAACAUUAAUAAUUAUUGCAGAUAAUUCCAGUCAUAUAAAUAUUAAUUUAAAAUUAUUAAAAAUAAUUCUUAAUGUUUCUGACAAAAAUAAAAUUUCUGUAAUCUUUGUAAAUGGAAAUCAUGAUGUACAUAAUAAUUAUCCUGAAAGAAUAGCAUUUCAUAUAUGUAAAUUUCUAAAUACUAAUGAUUUGCAAAGUAAAUUAUAGUUUUAUUUUUAAAAAAGAAAAAUUGAUGGUAUUAUAUCAUUAUAUGGAAAUAUAGGAUAAAUUGAUAUAAAUAAUUUUUUAUUUUAUAUAUAUAUAAAUUUUAUUGUAUGUACAUUGUGCUCUUAUUUUGUUUGUACUUCAAUUUUUGAAGUAUGUAAACGUAAAUGUACAUUUAAGUAUAUUAACAUAUAAUUAUGUAAAAUUGUAUGCAUUUUAAAUUAUUUAACUUUUAUUCGAAUUAUUCCUUCAGCUUGCUGAACUUUUAUACAUACCUCAUUACCUUGUAAAAUAGAAUUUUUUAACUCAUCUUCUAAUAAUAUUGCUGUAUGAUUCAUAAAUGAUCCAUUUCUUUUUGUAUCAUAAUUGUGAUUUAAUGUUAAUCUAACUUUAUACCAACAUACUAAAGCAUUUGGCAAUAAUUUAUUAU